GUUUGACUAAAUAGCCUACGAAAAGGGAAGUCCAUAUAUCUAGGCGAUGCUGACCGGACCAGAUAUCUCUUGACUCUUGAAUUGGUUGACUGAGAUCUACCCAAGUCCAUCAAGAGGCCGAACGCCCGAAUGAUUCCUUGACGCUGCGGAUGCCUCAGAAGCUGUCUCCAUCUACCCACAUCUACCACCAGCAAAGCUACCUAUAACCCAUCGGCACCUACACUCAGAAAGAGCCCUGUACAUUUCACCAUCCGAACGUCACAAUGUCUUCCACAACUACAACCACCACCAGCACCAGUGCCGGAACGGUAAUCCUCGGCGCCGGCAUCAUCGGCGUUUCAACCGCCUACUACCUCUCUCUUUCCUCUUCCCAGCCCUCCUCCCCUUCUCCCCCAUCCGAAAUUCAUUUGGUCGACCCCUCCCCCUCCCUCUUCUGGUCCGCCUCGGGCUUCGCCGGUGGCUUUCUCGCCCGCAACUGGUUCGCUGCCGAAGUCUCCUCGCUGGGCGCCCUCUCCUUCGCCGAGCACGCCCGUCUGGCCUCCGCCCACGACGGUCGACGCAAUUGGUCUUAUGCCCCUUCUACCUCGCUGGGAUACUCGGCCGCUGCCGUCGACAAGGGCGUCAAGAAACGAGGGGACGAUUGGUUGCGCAGCGGGACGAGCCGGGCGGAGGCGGCGCUUGGAGACAACAAGGAAAAGGUGCCGGUGGUGAGUGUAGAGGAUCUGAAGGAGAAGACGCCAGCUUGGUUGAGGAGGCGGGAGGGCGAUGAUGUGGAGAUCAUUGGCGGGGAGGGGGACACGGCGCAGUUGGAGCCGGAGAGGCUUUGUCGGUUUUUGUUGGGGGAGGCGGAGGGGAAGGGGGUGAAGGUUUCGAAGGGGACGGAGGCGGUGGAGGUGUUGAGAGAUGGUGAGGGGGUGAUUAGGGGUGUGCAAUUGAAGGAUGUUAUGACGGGGGAGGAGAGGGAGGUUAAAUGUUCGAGGAUCAUCAUCACGGCGGGGUGCUGGAGCGGGCAGGUGUGGGAGAAGCUAUUUGGGGCUACUUCGGAGACGGUCAAGAGGUUGCCGGUGACCAGCCUGGCUGGCCAUUCGCUGGUUGUCAAGAGCCCGAGAUGGGCAGGUGCUGUGGAUGGGGAAGGAUGCCAUGCGGUUUACACGAGCCAUGCCGCUUUUUCCCCGGAGAUUUUUUCAAGAGUGGACGGGCAGAUCUACUUUGCGGGUUUGAACUCGGCGGCGGUGCCGCUGCCGAGCGUAGCGGAGGGUUCGACGGUGCAAACCGGGUCUAUAGACUUGGUCAAGCAGGCGGCUAGGGAACUGCUGGGGUCAGGGGAUGAUGGAGAGGACGAUCUAGAGGUGGUGAGAGAGGGCUUGUGCUUCCGGCCGGUGACGCCGUGGGGACUGCCUAUUGUUGCGAGGGUGCCGGAUGAGCACCUCGGAGGCGGAAUUCGGACGAAGCCCGGCGCGGAGGGAGGAGUGUUCCUGGCAACCGGCCAUGGGCCGUGGGGGAUCAGCAUGAGCUUGGGCACAGGCAUUGUGGUGAGUGAGUUAGUCCAGGGACGGCCGCUGAGCGCAGAUAUCAGUGCCUUGGCAUUUGACGACAAGGUUGUUGGGAAGGCGGUUCAUGUGUAGAUGAGCUGAAACGAUAUUCAUGCCUGGAUGGAUGAUUGCAAGUUCGGCCGGCCGGCCGGCCCAUUACGCGGCCGAGAUUCGGUGGUGGUGGUGGCAUGGAGACGGAAACCCAAGAAAUGUUUUACAUAGACUAGUGUGUAUGGGUAGUGACCGGUAGCAUGAAAGUAUGGUAGGGUCUUGCAACUUCCAGCGACGAAUCUCGCACUUGUCCGUCGUUGUUGCAGUACCGUGCUACAAGCUGCGAUGGAUAGCUUCGAAGAUGGUCAGUUCGCCGUCGGUUCCUUUAGGCCGCUCCUUUCAGGCAGGUAGUAUCUAUCCACAGCAUGAUUCAUGUAAACGAAGAAUUCGACUGCAACGGUGACGGUUUACAGAGUUUU